UGCGGCCACGUCGACAUCGUGAAGGAACUCAUCAAGCACUGCGACACCGGAUUGGCCGGGAUCAAGGCCAGGAACGGCUACGACGCUUUCCACAUCGCCUCCAAGCAAGGCAAUCUCGAAACAUUGAGGGUUCUGAUGGAGGCGAAUCCAGAGCUGGCGAUGACAUUCGAUUCGUCCAAUACGACGGCGCUCCACUCGGUCGCCGCGCAGGGACACAUGGACGUGGUGGAUUUCCUCCUGGAGCAAUGCGGCACCGUCGCGGCCAUCGCCAAGAGCAACGGCAAGACGGCCUUGCACUCCGCGACGAGAAAUGGGCAUUUGCAGAUAGUGAAGGCGCUUCUAGGUAAAGACCUUGCAAUCGCCACCAGAACUGACAAGAAAGGGCAAACGACGCUUCACAUGGCGGUUAAAGGACAGAACGUCGAGUUGGUGGAGGAAUUGGUCAUGUCCGAUCCUUCCUUGAUCAAUAUGGUCGGGAUCUCUGGGCUAUCUUUUAGUUUAACCCACAGGCCACAAGGGCGAGCUAAAGCGUGGAAAUUAGAAUCCCGGUCAGAGGGGUUGGAAGAUUACACGCCAAGUGUUCGAUCAUUUGCCUGA